AUGGAUUUUCCAAAAUAUGAUGGAAGUAAACAUCCAGAUGAAUGGUUGGACGAUGCUCAAAAAUAUUUUUGUGUUCGUCAGGGCAAAAGUGAAGAAUAUAUUGUAUAUAUUGCACUAUCAUUAAUAGAUUCCAUUAUUAAAUUACCAACUGGAAUUGAUAAUAUUGAAAAACUUCGUAAUGCACUCAAAGAAGAUAUUUCUUUUACAGUAUUUAAGAAUACGAAUAAAAGAAAAUUACAAUCAUUAAAAUAUAAUCCUGAAAGAAAAGGUGGUGAUACUUCAUAUUUUAUUUCAACCUUUCGUAAAUUAUGUUAUAACGCUGAGAUUAAUAAUAUAGAAGAACAAAAAAGAUAUCUUUAUAAAUCACUUCCUAAUAAUCAUUUUGAUUAUAUAUCAAAUGAAUUUUAUGAGAAAAUGAAGAAUGUAAAUUCGAUUAAUGAGUUAAUUAAAAGAUUUGAAGAAAUUGUUUUAGAAGAAUCGAAUUUAAUUAGAAAUGGGUCUGUUGUAGCUUUAAAACAUAUUGCCACAGGAAAAUAUUUAAGUUCUAUUAAUAAUUUAUGUUAUACAACUGGAAGCAAGACUCAAAUACUUUUUGUAGGAAGCUCAGAACCAGUUCCAAAUUCUUUAUGGAAAAUUGAAUUUGGUGGCGAAUUAGCUACUUAUGCAAAUAAUUCUAUAAAGCUACAACACGUUAAAUCUGAGAGAUUACUUGGAAUAUAUUGUAUACAGAUUCGCUAUGGAUAUGAUUAUUGCAAAUCUCCGUCAACUAAUCAUACAGAAGUGAGCUGCAGCAACGAUGGAUAUUUGAAUGGAGAUUGGAAAUUUAAUCAUAGUAAAUUAAAAAAUCAUCAAGGAUAUUUAAAAUCAAAUGAUAUUAUUAAUCUUAAUAUUGAGAAAAGAUAUGAUAAUAACAAAGUUGAAUUUUUACGUAGUCAUGAUAUUCAAUUUACUAUUGGGAACGAUACUUUUCAAGAAGUUGUUUGUCAUAAUGAAAGAUUAGGAGGAAAUGACGAAGCAAUGGUGCAUCGAACUUAUUCACGAAGUUAA